AUGCGGGUGGUGGUAUCGAUGCCAACAUCCACGACGGUAACCACUGUAUUGGCGGUGGGGGUGAAGGGAAAGGUGUUGACCACGGUGUUGGUACCGGGGACGGCGGUGACGGGGGCGGCGGUGUCGACGCCAACAUCCACGAAGGUAACCACGGUAUUGGUGGUGUGGGUGACGGUGACUGCGACGGCGUUGAACACAGUGUCGUCGACGGGGACGGUGGUGACGGGGGCGGCGGUAUCGAGGCCAACAUCCACGAAGGUAACCACGGUAUUGGCACCGGGGGUGACGGCGACGGGGGCGACGGUAUUGAGGCCAACGGUAACCACGGUAUUGGCAGCGGGGGUGACGGUGGCGGGGGCGACAGUGGUGGUUGUAGCGGUGGCGGUAUCGAGGCCAACAUCCACGAAGAUAAUCGCUGUGUCGGUGGUGAGGGUGGCGGGGGCGGUAGUGGCGGGAGCGGUGGUGGAGGUGGUGGGGGCAGUGCUGGUGGUAGUGGCGGUUUCGUCGCCGACAUCCACGAAGGUAAUAGCGAUGUCGGUAAUAGGGUUGGCGGGGGCGGUAAUGGUGGGAGUGGUGGUGGAUAUGGUGGAAGAGGUGGGGGCGGCGGUGGUGGUGGUAGGGGCGGUGGUGGUGGUGGUGGUAGUGGCUGUUUCAAAGCCGACAUCCAGGAAGGUAAUAGCGGUGUCGGUAGUGAGGUUGGCGGGGGCGGUAGCGGUGGCGGAAGUGGUGGGGGCGGUGGUGGCUGUUUCGUCGCCGACAUCCAGGAAGGUAAUAGCGGUGUCGGUAGUGGGGGCGGCGGUGGUGGUGGCUGUUUCGACGCCGACAUCCAGGAAGGUAAUAGCGGUGUCGGUAGUGAGGUUGGCGGGGGCGGUAGUAGCGGUGGCGGUAGUGGCGGGGGCGGUGGUGGAGGUGGUGGGGACGGAGGUAACCACCAUGUCAAUAGCGAAGGUGGCGGGGGCGAUGCUUUUGACGCCGACAUCCACGAAGGGAACCACGGUGGUGGGGGUGGAGGUAACCACGAUGUCGGCGGAGGUGGCGGAGCUGAGGCGGUGA